UGCUGGAGCCUUCUCAUGUGGCUGAUGCAAACCUGGAGAAUUUGCAUCAUCAUGUAGCCGGAGUAAGUUGGUGUGACAGGCAAGAGCUUAAAUACAAGCCCACGAGGAAGCUGAGCUGGUUUGUAAUGAUAGGGCAGCAGCCGCUGCAGCAACAGUGGUAGUGCGAGGAGGUGGAGAACUGAGGGCACCAUGAACACACAGGUGUUUCUGAGUAGUAAUUAGAUAGCUGGGAAGGAUAAAAUACACCUCUGAGUUUCUACCUGUGUUCGUAAUAGCGUUGAGAGAGACAAUCUGAACGCAAAGAGGAGGAGAUCAGUCACACCAAGAGACACUGAAGUUGAAAGUUUUGGUUUUCUUUUCCUGUGUUGUCUUUUUGCCCUGGUAUCACUACUAUGGUCAGAAAACCUGUUGUGUCCACCAUCUCCAAAAGGAGUUACCUGCAGGGAAACGUGAACGGGAGGCUGCCUUCCAUGGGUGGCAAGGAGCCCCCUGGGCAGGAGAAAGUGGUGCUCAAGAAGAAAAUCACCUUACUGAGGGGAAUCUCCAUUAUCAUUGGCACCAUCAUCGGCGCAGGAAUCUUCAUCUCCCCCAAGGGUGUGCUGCGCAACACCGGCACCGUGGGCAUGUCUCUGGUUGUCUGGACGCUCUGCGGAGUCCUGUCCCUGUUCGGAGCCUUGUCCUAUGCUGAACUGGGAACAAGUAUAAAGAAAUCUGGUGGCCAUUACACUUAUAUUCUGGAAGUCUUUGGUCCAUUGCUAGCUUUUGUACGAGUCUGGGUUGAACUGCUCAUAAUACGCCCUGCAGCGACUGCUGUGAUAUCCCUGGCAUUUGGACGCUACAUUCUGGAACCAUUUUUUAUUCAAUGUGAAAUUCCUGAACUUGCGAUCAAGCUGGUUACAGCUGUGGGUAUAACUGCAGUGAUGGUCCUAAAUAGCAUGAGUGUCAGCUGGAGUGCCCGGAUCCAGAUUUUUCUAACCUUUUGCAAGCUCACAGCAAUUCUGAUAAUUAUAGUCCCCGGAGUUAUGCAGUUAAUUAAAGGUCAAACACAGCACUUUAAAGAUGCCUUUUCAGGGAGAGAUGCCAGUGUUAUGGGAUUGCCCCUGGCUUUUUAUUAUGGAAUGUACGCAUAUGCUGGCUGGUUUUACCUCAACUUUGUUACUGAAGAAGUAGAAAACCCAGAAAGAACUGUUCCUCUUGCAAUAUGUAUAUCCAUGGCCAUCGUCACCAUUGGCUACGUGCUAACAAAUGUGGCCUACUUUACAACCAUUAGCGCUGAGGAGCUGUUGCUUUCAAAUGCAGUGGCAGUGACCUUUUCUGAGCGGCUCCUGGGAAAUUUCUCAUUAGCAGUUCCGAUCUUUGUGGCCCUCUCCUGCUUUGGCUCCAUGAAUGGAGGUGUGUUUGCUGUCUCCAGGUUAUUCUAUGUUGCGUCUCGAGAGGGUCACCUUCCAGAAAUCCUCUCCAUGAUUCAUGUCCGCAAGCACACUCCUCUGCCAGCUGUUAUUGUUUUGCACCCUUUAACAAUGAUAAUGCUCUUCUCUGGUGACCUCUACAGUCUUCUGAAUUUCCUCAGCUUUGCCAGGUGGCUUUUUAUUGGGCUGGCAGUCGCUGGGCUGAUUUAUCUUCGAUACAAACGCCCAGAUAUGCAGCGUCCUUUCAAGGUACCACUCUUCAUCCCAGCUUUGUUCUCCUUCACCUGCUUCUUCAUGGUUGCCCUUUCCCUUUAUUCGGACCCAUUCAGUACAGGGAUUGGCUUCGUCAUCACUCUGAGUGGGGUCCCUGCCUACUAUCUCUUUAUAAUAUGGGACAAGAAACCCAAGUGGUUUCGAAGAAUGUCAGAUACAAUAACCAGAACAUUACAGAUAAUACUGGAAGUUGUACCUGAAGAAGACUGUCGUAAAUAACAAACUAAUGAAGUGGAAAUCUUGGCAAUUUGCACUUGAGCAAAGACACAGCAUGGAUAUUUACUGCAUUUUCUGAAAAUCCAGAAAAUUGAAACUUGAUGGUGUACUAAAGGAUUCAAUUAUUUUUAUUCAUAUAUUUUAGUGUAUUGAAACUAAUUUCUAAGAAAUUUAGUUAUGACUCCAUGUAGUUAUAGAAAGCUAAUAGGCAAUUGAACCAUGAGUUCACAUAAUUCUUGAGUCUCUGUUAGGGUUAAGGAGAAAGACUGAGGCAAUGGAUGGUUACUUGAAUGGUCAUUCUCUACAACAUAUCUUAUCAAAGUUAAGCACCUUCAAAUUGAAAACUGAGAUGUUUUCUGUAUAUAUGGAUUUGUAAACACGGUUUUAUAUACUGUAGAUUACUAUACUGUGAAAAGUGUUUUCUAUUCUUCUGAAAAAAGUAUAGUACACAUCAUUAUGACAAAGAAGAUAGAAAAAUUAUUUUAUAUUGGCAUUGCAUUGCUUCCCAUUAAAUAACAAUUUAGCUAUCACUGAUCUUUAAAUGGAUUAUACCUAGAGCAUUUUGAACAAAAGACAGGGACAGAGAGAGUAGGCCUACUUAUUUGAAUACAUUAAAGAAGAGCUUCUAGGGGGCUGUUACUUAUGAGAAAUCUGACAUUUAUGUUUGAGCAAAAAUCUUUGAGAAUUUACUGUGUUACAUGUUUUUUUUUCAGUCAUUAUCAGGAAGUUCCACGGUUAUGUGCCAUUUAGUUGUCAUGUCAGUCAGUUUGAUCAGGGAAGUUUGUAAUGUUUCUUAGGGCAGGUGUCAUUUUGGUGUUAAAUCCUCUGAAGGAUACCAUCUGCUUCACUAAUAAUUUACCCUCUGAUGAAUACAAACACACACACACACAUGCAUUUAUAUUAUAUAGCUAAUAAAUUAUAAUAGUAUGAGAGAAAUCAUGAACAAGGGAAAUGUCUGAAAUGUCCAAUCUAUUCCUAUAAUCAUACUAUAUGCCAUGUUAGUAAUUCUGAACAAUUUUUUUAAUCUUAUUGCUAUUUUUACAUGGUGAUGAAUUUUGACAGUGUGUAAAUUUCCUUUAUACAUUUUGUAUUCUGCUAAAAUAUCUCUUUGGAUAAAAACGUCCAAAUAAAUUAGGAAAAGGCAUAUAUUUACAUAAAAAUUGAGGAAGAAAUGUCACUGCUAAAUAAGAUUUACAACUGAUGCUUCUAAAAAUUUCCCAUGUCAAUGUCUAGGCUUAGUCAGUAAUUUCUUCACCUUAAUUAUCAUUCAACUUGCAAAAGAGAUAACUGUUAGUAAGUUCAUUGAAAGAAGAAGAAACUGUGCAUGGAUGUGUGCUGAAAUGUAUUAUGCCAGGAUUAGAGAAUAUUGUGGAAUUUUCAAAGGAAGCUAACAUGAUAAAAUGUUUUACUUAUCAUUUAUAACUACCUAAGAUUAAAUGGUUAGUCAUAAUCAUCUUUAAACUUUCGUUCAUUUCAAAAUAAGAAUUUUUGAAGGAAUUACAAUGAUUAAAAUCAUUAAAAGUAGACAUAGAGUUCACUGAAAUUUACCCAAAAUUGAGAUGGAGAUUUAUAAUUUGAAGCAAUUCCAAUUCAUUAAUUUCGAUUUUUGAUCCUGAUAAAUUUAAUAUAUAUCCAAGAUUGCUGAUUUUUAAGCUAAACCUAUAAUUUGAGUCACUAAGGGAAUUAUUAUCAAUUUCUUUUUAAAUAAUAAAUAUUUAUUUAUUUAUUUGAAAGGCAGUGAAAGAGAGAGAGAGAAAGAAGUAUCUUCCAUCUGCUGGUUCACUCAUUUUUUUAAAAGAUUUAUUUUAUUUAUUUGAAAGAUAAGAGUAACAGUGAGAGGUAGAGCUGUUUCACUCCCCAACUAGCCACAAUGGCCUGAGCUGAACUGAUCUGAAGCCAGGGACCAGAAGCUUCUUCCAUGUCUCCCACAUGGGUGCAAGGGCCCAUCCACUGCUUUCCUAGGCCAGUACUUGAACCUGUGGCCAUAUGGGAUGCCAGAGUUGCAGGCCAGAGCUUUAACUCACUGGGCCACAGUGCUGUCCUUGGCUCACUGUUCAAAUGGCUGCAUCAGCCGGGUCUGGGCCAAACUGAAACCAGGAGCCAGGAACUUCAUAGUGGUCCUCAUGUGGGUGGCAGGGACCCAGGAUAUGGACCAUCUUCUGAUGCUUUCUCAGGUAUGUUAGUAGGGAGCUGAUUCAGAAGUGGAGUAACUGAGACUUGAACCUGCAGUCUUAUAUAUGAUGCUGGUAUUGCAAGCUGUGGCUUAACCUGCUGUGUCACAACACCAUCUCUAAAAAUUUUCUUUAUUUUACUCUUAGCUCCAGGUUUUCCAGAUUUAUCUGCAGUCCUUAUUUAAAAUAUACAUUUUCCAUUUCUCAGCAUCUCUCCCUUGGAUGUAUUGGUAGAAGUAAAACACUUUGUAUCUUCCUAUGUUUUACACAGUCUAGGCCCAUUGAAUCUGUACAAGGAAACUCUUCCUGAGCUGAAGUUAAUGUGCAAAUAUUGACAGUGGUAGAUUUGGCUCAUUUAUUUGAUUGUUUUUGGUUCUAAUAUUUCUUUAAAUGUGUCAUUACAAGCUAACUGGAAUACAUAUGCAUUUCUCUCUUAUUUUCAAGAGGGAUUUUUGUAGAGUUAAAUUUCUAAUGCCAAUGGAAUCUCAUUUUAGCCAAAGUCAUCUAGUAAUUAAGAAAAUGGAGAGGGCAGGAGUGGUGGGAAAAAUCACCAUAUUCCUAAAGUUGUAAUUAUGAAAUGUAUGAAGUUUGUAUUCCUUUAAGGUUUCUGAUGAAUAUAAAAGAAAAUGGGGUAGGGGUUAUGUGUACUUCAGCUUAUUUUUAGGAUACACCAUGAGAAGACAAAAGAUUUCUUUAAUUGCAGAAUCAAUAUUCUUAAUUUUUGUCUAAACUGGGGACAUGUGAAGCAUAUCUAAUUCAGAAGCUCUUGCAUGAUUAUUUAUGCAUAUUUCUUGAAAAAUGUUUAAAAUUUUAUUUAAAGUAUACAGAUUUCAUGUAUUUCAUAUAUACAGGUUUAGGAACAUAGUGAUACUUCCCACGCUUCACUCCCUCCUGCCCACGCUCCCACCCAUCCUCCUCCUUCCUGUCUUAUUUUUAUAGAAAGUAAAAUGUUUCUCAUAUUUCUAAAAUAAUAUACAAAAGGGAGUCUCAAAAAAACUUGUAUAAAACACAUAUUACAAAAAUAUUUUGCUUGGAUUUCAAUUUUCUUACACCAAAAUUAACUUACCUUUUAAUUUCACUGUCUAUGAACUUUUUGUAGCACCCUCAUAAAUGCUCUGAGUGUAACACAAAAAGUACAAGUGGCCAGUACUAUUUAAGAUAACAAAUAUAUUUUAUUAUCCAAUAUUCUUUUUCUGAGUACUUAGAGUCUCAAAGAUUUAAUUUUGAUUUUUACAGAUCUAGUAAAGACUUCCAAAUCUAAAAUAUAAUUUGAUUUUUUAACAAAUAAAAAUAUACUCUUUACACAAUUAUGAAUAUUUUUAGAAGAAUUUUUCUCACAAUGCUAUUCUGACCCCAUUUUUAAAGUGUUAGAUUAUUUUUCUUUGAUCAAAUAAAGAAAACUGGAUCACUAUAAAUGGUGAUUUGGUCAGCUGGAAGCAGGCUCUGUUCUUUUCUUUCUCUAGGAGAUGAAAGAUUUGUCCUAGAAAAGAUGCCUAACUCCAGUUCCAAACCUAAAAGUCAAGUGUGUGCCAACUACUUGCAUGUACACUUGUCCAGAAGUACCCCCAGCUUUCUGGUACAAAAUUUGGACAGUUGAUUAAGUUGCAUGACAAUGCAAGGCAGUUUCUUUGUCAUUAAAAUAUACAUAUUGAAAAAUAUUUCCAGAAUGUCUUAUAUGUCUGGUAAAACUGUUUUCCCACUUACUAUUUGACAUAUCAACAGAUGGUUAAGGUGAAUAUAAUUAUACAAGAGAAUUCUUCAUAAACUGUAAUCAGUCUUCAAGAAACUCAUUAUUUUAUCUUGAUUUGCAGAUAAUGUAUAAUGCUAAGAAGUUUAGCACCUCUGACAUUUGUUAAAAUCAAUCUCUUGUAAUUGAGUUGUAGGUUAUGAAAAGAUGAAAAACUGAAGGUCUGAGUAGUAGGAAAUAAAAGACAGGAUAGCAUUGGAAAUAACAAUACUUUGAUGUUAUACAAUGCUAUAUGAUCAGAAAAAAAAAUUAAGGACUGUCUGCUAUGCAUGGUGGAUAUCCCAAACAUAAGUUGCCCAGCCUUUCACUCAGACAUGUCCCUCCCAAUUUCCUGUACCUAACUUUGAAUUAGGAAUUUUGUAUUAAUUUUCUUGAAGAAGACUAGUAAAAUUGUUUAUCGCUCUGGCCCCACUAUAUCUUCAUCUAUCCCUGUGAAGAAGCAAUAACUCCCAUUAUUUUUCUUUUAGUAAUAAACAUGGGGUAUUUGUAGGAUAUAAUUUAAGUAAUAAAAUUGUGUUUAAUUUAAAUAUCUAUAUAUAACUGAGUGCCUUCAUCAUUAUAUUUAUUUUGUGAAAUAUAAAGAUAUAGCAAUAUGUAAAGAUACAGUUUCACCCUUGUCAUACUUUAUUUUUUCAUUUUGAAUGAUAGACAAUGGAUUGGAUUCUAAUUGUAAAUCUUUUAACUAAUUUGGAAAGAAAUACUCAUAUAGAGAGAUUUUGGAUUUGAAUGCAGAUGACUCAAGAAAUUUGAUUUUACUUGAAUAUAAUUUUGCUUCAUUUUGCCCCACAUGAUAUGCAGUACGUUGGUGCUGAUAAUGUUUACAGUUACAUUUUACUUCCUUAAGGGUUCAAAGUCAAGAAUUAAAGCAUGUCAUUGAAUAACUGGCAAGAAAACCCUUAGUGGAUUUGAAUUAGAGUAGCUGUUGAGUCAUCUUGAUAGCUUCUGUUUAUAUUAUUUAUAUAUCAUUAAUUAAUUUCCUUGUAAACAGUAUUUCAAAAAAAUCUCUCUCUCUCUCUCUAUCUGUAUAAUACCAAAAGUGUGACCUGUAGGUAGGCUCUAGCUUAUUAGAACUGUACUUAUAAAAGAUAUUUUAAUAGUCAAUUUUUUAAGGGAUCCUUUCUUAAUUUUGUUGAAUUUUCAAAUUAGUUUCUAAAACUAAAUGCACUAUUUUUAAAUUGAAUACAGAUGCAAAAAAAUGUAAAUCAUGCUCUCACAGACACUUUACCAACUUUCUGUAUGUCAUGAGAUAUUCUCCUUGUUUAUCCUCUGAUAAUAAUAUUAAUUUGAUUUUUGGCGGCCGGCGCCGUGGCUCAAUAGGCUAAUCCUCCACCUUGCGGCGCCGGCACACCGGGUUCUAGUCCCGGUUGGGGCGCCGGAUUCUGUCCCGGUCGCCCCUCUUCCAGGCCAGCUCUCUGCUAUGGCCAGGGAGUGCAGUGGAGGAUGGCCCAGGUGCUUGGGCCCUGCACCCCAUGGGAGACCAGGAAAAGCACCUGGCUCCUGGCUCCUGCCAGGAUCAGCGCGGUGCGCCGGCUGCAGCGGCGGCCAUUGGAGGGUGAACCAACGGCAAAAGGAAGACCUUUCUCUCUGUCUCUCUCUCUCACUGUCCACUCUGCCUGUCAAAAAAAAAAAAAAAAAAAAAAAAAAAAAAAAAAUUUGAUUUUUGGACUAGUCCCCCAUUAUUUGAAUUUGUUAAUGAUUACAUUAGUUUUAUUUUUUUGCAUUAUGU